UCUCUUACUUUUGAUUGGUGGGACUAAUCUUGUUUCCUGUCCUGCUUCACUGGUAUAAGAGCGGAAGGGGAGCAGCGAGUAGACCAAAGAAGUAACCCUCCUACAGUUUUGAGGUCCACACCCCAUCAGAAACGAAAGGACUCUGAUUUGUUCCUCAUGAAACUACAUCAGUGCAUCCCGCCAUGGAGUCUCAUAUAUGUAUUAAUCGUGGUGGUUAACCUGCCAAAAUCGAACGCUGUCAUCGAGAAAGGCGAUCUCCCACCAGAAUUACUAAAAUGCUACCAGGACUAUUCCCGUGUCAGCUUGCGAGAUGUUGUUGGGCAAACAAUGCUUUGGUUCUGUGAGGCACCGGUCGUCCGCUCCCUCAUAAAUACUGCCAGGCAGCCACGAAAGCCCCCGUCCUCCGUCCGCUAUGUCAGUGGGCUUGUGGACAAGGUGAUCGCCAAAAAGGGAAAACGGGUGAAACGACAAUCUCAACAGCCCGAAGGGAAAUGUCGCCGAAAGGAAUACAGAAUGCUUAGCGACCAGGAGAGGAAUGUGUACCACAGGGCCAUCAUAGCUCUCAAGCAAGACACUACUGUUGAACCCAACAAGUACGAUGCCCUUGCUACCCUCCACACUGGCCUAACUACAAGCAUUGCCCAUGCCGGACCAAACUUCCUGGGUUGGCAUCGUGUUUACCUGCUCAUGUACGAGAUCGCGCUGCAGGAAAUUGAUCCAAGCAUCUGUCUACCUUACUGGGACAGCUCACUCGACAAUGAACUGGAGGACCCUCGCCUGUCUCACAUCUUCAGCCCGGACUUCCUUGGUGGAGGAAUUAAUACCGGUAAUGGUGGCGUUGUGAGUGAUGGACCCUUUGCCGGAUGGGAAACCCCCAAUGAUGGUCCUCUGAUCAGAAAUAUAGGAGGAGACGGAGAGCUUUUUACCAUAGAGUCGAUUGAAGCUAUUUUAUCCCGUGAAAGGACCCGAGACAUCAUUCCACCCAACUCACUCCCUGAGAAUGAUCUCGAGUUCCACCAUGGCGGUAUCCACGUCUAUAUGGGAGGUUUGAUGAUGCAGCUGGAAACAGCAGCGUUUGAUCCUGUUUUCUUCCUUCACCAUACUUUUGUUGACUACAUAUGGGAACUCUUUAGAACAAAGCAGAGAGCGCUCCGUAUCGAUCCACAGUUAGACUACCCUGAGAAUUUUGGCACAUCUUUCCAUGCGCAUAAUGCAACAAUGGGCUUCAAUCUGAACUUGACAGCAGAGCAGGGAUACAGUGAUGAUUUGAUGGCAACGUAUGAGUACGACCCAUCCCCUGAUUGUUCUGAGAGACGACCAACUUGCGGAUCCAGAUAUCUUAGCUGUAACACGGCAAGGGGUAGAUGUUAUCCUGUUGAUCCAUCUACUAGCCCUCCAGAGCCACCUACUGGCAUGCCAGGGUGUCGUCCUGGUCAACCAGGAUGUCCGACAAGGCCUCCCACAAGGCCUCCUACAAGGCCUCCCACAAGGCCACCUACCUGUCGGCCUGGUCAACCAGGGUGUCCAACAAGUCCACCAACGCCUGUGCCAAACCCACCCAAACAACCCUGCAAGCAAGAGGUUCUCCCCACACAGAACAGUUUUUGUAUUGACGGUACAUGUGAUACCAAUGGCUGGGUGUAUGUGCCGGUUAAGGUUGUUUCAAUGCGACCUCCUGGCCUAACGAAAUACGACUCGUACCCAAUGUCUAAUGGAAGAGUUAGCAAAACGAGCGACAUCUACCAGCCAUCUGCAUAUGCUGAAACGAACCGCUAUAUAUCAAGCGUACGAGGUGUUCCCAAAACAUAUGACAGGUGUGACGAUGGUAAAGGGUUCGGCCAAGUGUAUGUCCAAGCAACUGGACUCAGUUACAGCGGGAUAUACAAGGAAUCAGCUAUCACUGACCAGCGUCUUGCCACAUCACUGUCGAUUGCUUACCUUGCAGUAAAGGAUCCUAGGAACGGCCCAGUCAAAGCUUUAUUCAGAGCAUUUGACUCCUGCGGAAGAAUCUGUCAUACAGCUUGUAAGGUACCAGGAACCAAUGACUAUGAGCCUUGUUCAGGAGUCCUCAACAUCAAUGAUGUUGCUGGAAGACCAAAGCAGUACAGCAAAACGUAUGGACAAGCUGCCCUCAAUACAUGGGGUUAUGUACAGAACCAGGACUGCCCAAGCUUUCUCGUUGACGACAUCGUCCUCACCUUCUACUGCGACUACAGGGAACGCCUACCAUGGUCAGAUGCGAGGUCCGCACAGAUCAAAGCAAACCCCAAGACAGUGGUCGCAUUGAACACAGUGCCGGCACCAGAACCAGCACCUCCAGUCGUACUGAAUGAAUGCAAGGUGUCCGAUGACUGCAUUCUGGACAUCCCGUGCUUGUCCACCAAGAAGCAAUGCAGUGGAUAUGGCAAAUCUCACAAAUGCAGGGGAUCGUGCAACAAGUAUGCUGUGUGCAACUAUGGUCAGUACUGGGUGAGGAAGUGUCCGUAUGACUGGUCCUACCACAAAAAACUGGCAGACCUGCACAUCUCGCGUCAAAUGCAUGGACACGUCCCCUGCACAGACUCCUGCGAGGCAAAUACAGAGGACGUGGAACGUGAACCCCAGACGAAACACAUACCUUCAAAACCUAGGACGAAUGGUCUUUGGUUCCAGAAGGACUGGAGGAAGCAUUUUUGGAUAAUUUCUGCCUUGAUCUACACCUGGAUACGCUCGUUUUCCCUAUGUACCAGCAUUUUAAAACGUUGAACAUGUUUACAUUUUUUUCUCUUUUCAAUUUGGCUGCUUUGAAAUAUUCCCAGAUUAAAUUGCUGUUGGUUUCCAGCUAGGUAUAAAGUACAUUCACUAGAGACGUAACACAUCAGAAAUCACACACGUGCUUGGGUAUUCGACACAGUGUUCCGCCACGAGACAGCGAUGCUGGCAAUUAUCCGUGAAAGUCCUAGAAAUCCAAUUUGUCACAGUUUGGGCUUUUGUGCCCAGUCGAAUCUGUUUCGGCAGGGGAUCGAGACUGACUGUUUUCUGGCGUUGACAAUUAUGUAUAUUAUUAACGUUAUCCGCUAGUUUGGAUACAGGUUAUAUGUGUAUAUAUGUAAAAGGAUACUUUUUUACAAUGUGAAAGUGGGUAAAACGCAUAAUAAAAUAGUUUUUACUCA